CCUACUAGGUAUUUAAUUGCCCUUGUUGCCGCUGUAUAACGCUAAGGGGAUGGAAUAAAUUUAACAAAUUUUCCACAUUUUGCAAAACUUCUCCAAGGUUGAACGAUAUAAUACCGGAAUAUGCAAAUUUACAAACUUUUAAAGGUUGAAUUAUACAUGCGAAAUCCAAAAAAGUUUUACAUCGGUUGCGUGUGUGGUGGUACCUAAACUGAAAGCCCGAACGAGCGCCGUCGACGUCGGGGUGGAAGUUACCUGGCGCACGCCACCCCUUUUCGCUUAUUUCGUGUCGUACGCCAGUACGUUUUCGGUGCUCCAAAGGUCAUGUUUUGGAUCCUGAGGAGAACUCGUCUCACGAGCGCGGCACUUUUAAAUGUUAUUAACAACAACAGCGAAAGCCGACCCGCUCGCAAGGAUUACAACAAGCUCGCAGGUGAAGAGAUUAGCGUAGCGUCGUCAAAGGAGGAGCAGCUGGAUAACGAAUCGGUGUGCCGGAAAAAUUGCGCGCAAAAUGAGCAUCACGAUACGGACACGGAUUCCAGUUUUACCGACUUCGAAAUCGACGAAAGGGAUGACUUUUCUGAUGACUCCGAUUAUGCAAAUGUUGCCAUGCUCAGGGAAAAAUACCGCAAUGCAUGUUACGAUGCUCGUCGCAUGUGUAAAUGUAAUUCAAGAACGCUUCAGUUGACAGGAUAA